AUGGCAGAUGUUCCACCUUCACUCACCCUAGAACUUCCCAAGAAAAGUGAUCUUCCUAACACAUUAAAACCUUGGAAUGAAGUCCAUCUUCCAAUUGACAUUCUUUUGUUGACAGUGGAUGACUGUGAGUUCCUAGCCUGUUUUGCAUACCUGAGAAAUGCCUUUAAAAGCUACCUCAAGAACCUUGGAUAUGUGUACUUUGGGAAGAUGGGUGAAAGUAGAGAUGUGCCCCUAAAAGUUGCUUUGAUAAAAUGUUCUGAAGGUUCUUCUGUGCCAGAUGGCUCGCUGGUUACUGUUAAGAAUGCCGUAGUGGAACUGAGACCCAAAGCUGUUUUCUCUGUUGGCUGCUGCGGUGGGUUGAACCCAGAAGUCACCAAGUUACAGCUAGGUGACGUGGUUGUUUCCUCUAAGCUUUUAACUGAAGCCUUCAAAACCCCAGUGGGAAGAGAUAUCUUGCACCUUGUCAGGCAUGCAGAUUAUGGCUGGAUUCCUCCAUUAAAAUGUCCAGAAGAUCAUAAAGUUCAGGUCUGCUGUGAUGGGGAGAUUUUAAGUGGCAUAAACCCAGUCAGUGCUAAACAGCAAAACAUGUCUUAUUUUACUCAAGCCACUGCAUUUGAAAUCGGUGGUGAAGGUAAGAUAUUAAGAAAAAGAAGUCAUUUAUCAGGGAAUAAAUUUUAUUCCCUGAUAAAUGACUUCUUUUCUCUCUUGUUUCGUUUUCUUACAAGAGGCAUGGUGGCCUAGUGGUGAAUAUUGCAAACUUCACAUACGCACCAGGUCUAUAUGGUUUUAAAAACUUCGUACAAAUUAAUAACGUUUUUGCUUUCCUUUAAUACAUAAUUGGCAGGUUACAGACUUCUUUACAAUAGGAGUGAACUUCCUGCAAAAUUUUUGUUGAUACCGCACCAAACAGAAAAUGUGUACCUAAUAGUUUGAUUCAGCUUACGUGGAUUAUCGUCGACAUGGUGUACGGUCCAUGGUUUUCCAGUUGAGGGACAUUAAAGUAGUCUUUGAUGAUAGACUUUUUCAACAUUUAUGGAGAGAAAGAGAAACUAAAAAAUGAAAACCUAAUUUUUGAAUGCAAAAACGUUCCAGAUAAAUCUUAAAUGGAAUGAUGAUCAGUCAGGGUCAAUUCUUUUCCAAUUUUCAUGAAUACGCAGUGUAUUGUGGGAUCGCAUGAAGGCAAACAUUUUAAGAAUAUUUAGAAUUUAUCACAUUCCUCUUCUCAAACUGUUGUAGUUUAUGUUCAAAAACAAUGCUGAAUAACAGCGAGACAGGCAGCAACAAAUCUGCACAAUUUAAAGUCAAGUCACAACACUACAAAUGCCUUUACUUAUAACAGAAAAUCUUCAAAAAAAGUCUCUUAAUUUCUCAAGUACACACGUUUGCAUUUGCGUUAAGGACGCUACGCCCCUGCUUCAGAUCUGGAGGUCGAGGUUUGGGGUCUUGCUGUUGUGCUGUUUUUCUUAUUAUAAAACAAACUUUGCUUCACUUUGUCCCUGACCUUCACCAAUUAAGGUGUAUAAAAAGGCGCUGGUUAUUAUUUCUUGUGAUCCUGUUUUCAGUCUGAUCCAUUGAGAUCAGUUCUAGGUUUGGACAAUGAUGUUUACAGCUACAUGUAUUUCAAGAGGGGUUGUCGGAGGAAAUGUGCACGUGACAGUCCUGAAAGGUAGCACGGGAUAUGAUCGAGUUAUACCCUGUUCCUGACAACAGUAGCUGUUGAACCUACUUUUGUUGCUUUCCUUUAGCACUCGCAAACACGUUAUGUCCAUGGCCUCUCGUGCCAUUCUUUCAAAUUUCUUUGAAGAACAUGUACAGUGAACUCAAAGCCACCCACAAUACCUUUCGGGAUUGUUGUGUGCACUUUUUGCGACAAUCUUUCUCAAAAUAGCUGAUGUUUAUUUAAUUUGCCGCAUUUUUCUAUACUAAAGUAUGCAUAAAUGAUUGAUUGGAGGACAGCAUUUUAAGUAAUGUUUUCCUUUGGAUAAAAUACAGAAGGAAAGUUAAAUUCUACCAAGAUCCUAUUUAUUUGUCCUGUUUUGUAUUAUUUUAUUUAUGCUGUUUAUAUCUGCCUUUUAAAAUCACUAUUAUCAUUUUCUUCCUAGCUAUUUGCAUGGUAAAUAAUUCUGUUUAUGUCGUCACAUUUGCAUAAAUUGAUCUCUCUUUGUAUUGAAAUUUAAUUUUUAAUCAUUUUUUGUUGUUUUUUCCAGGCCUGUUUGCUGCAGCACAUGAUCUUAAGAUUGAAUGGGUGAUUGUAAAAGGUAUUUCCCACUUUGCCGAUGGUAACAACCCUGCAGAAAAGUCUUGGGAGAGUCAUGCAUGCAUAAUGGCAGCUUCUCUUGUGUCCAACAUGUUGAAGGAUUCUUUUGUGUUUCAGCAAUGGCCUCAUUAUGAAGGUAGGUGACAUGCUCCUUUUUAAACCAUAAUUAUGAUAAUUAAAUCCUUACCUUUUGUGCAGACGAAUUAAGUUUGUGUUUUUGGUCAAGUAAUAAGGUUGAUUUAAAAUGCUCACUUUCAAACCUUGUAAAUUAAUCUCUUCUAAUAAACUUGAAAAAGAAUGGAUUUCAUCGUUUUCUUUGUCAACUCACAACUGUUGGAAACUAUAACAUUUGGAAAAGAAAAAUUAUGAGAAAAAGGUGAAGAAAUUGGUCAGGAGGACAGGAGGGAGAUGUUUCCUGAUAAAAUUGACCAGCUGCUUAUCAUACUAUUUUAGGCAGUAAGAUUUGUUGGUUGGUACUCGGCAAGUGCAUACUUAGGGACCUAAAGUCUAAAAUGACACUUGUUAAGAGCUUCAGUGGUAUCUGUUAGGGGCCUGUAAGGUUGGGUGGGAAUUAUUUUGUUUCUCAAGUAAUUUUUGGUACCUCUUAGCAUAGUUAGUAGAUGCUCUUAGGCAUUAAAAUUAAUGUCCUACAUGCCCACAAAGCUAGAUUCUGUUACUUUCUACGGGUUCUUUUGGAUAUUUUUUUUUAACAAAACCCCUGUUUUUGUUUUGUUUUGUUUUGUGUGUUUGUUUGUUUGUUUCUGUUGUUGUUGUUUUUUAAGCACCCCAUUUAUAUCUAUAGAGGGGUAUCUCCUCCUUUUGGUAUCUCCCAGGGGUUAAAGUGAAUUUCUGCCAUGCCCACAAAGUGAGAUGCUGCUACCCUCUAGGGAUGAUUUUUAUUAUUAUUAUUUUUUUUUUUUGACAAGCACCCCUGUUAUCUUUAAUUUUUUUUUUGUAAGGCAGUUCUGUUAUUUUUAAAGGGGAGUAUCUCCUCCUUUUGGUACCUUUGGUAGAGCUUAAAAUGAAUUUCUUCCAUGCCCACAAAGCAAGAUUCUUGUACCUUCUAGGGAUACUUUUUGAAUUUUUUAUUUGAGUAGCACCUCAGUUGUUUAAAAGGGUAGUAUCUCCUUCUCCCCCACCUUCCUCGAGGCCAGUUAUAAAAAAUAAGAAUUAUUUUUAGCACUCGACCCUCUAUUGGUGUCUCCUCCCUGAACCUCUCUUUGUGGGGUAACGCCCCCUUUACACUUGCUUUACUGAUGCAGUCUUCAAAGAUAUUUACGUGUAAAUGUUACUCGGACAAGGUUGCCCAUCCCGCCAUAUUCAUAAUUUGUAAUUGCAAUAAUUAAUGAUUCUUUAUUUAGCUCACUGUGAAAUUACAUUUUUAACUUUUUUAUAACUGAAAUUUGUGCUAGGUGAUAACUUUAUAAUAUAACAGAAAUAAUACGUGCGAGCUGGGAAGCUAAAUAAACUGUUAGAUUUUCUAGUUAGCUCCCCAUCAAAUUAAAGUCAGUUUGUAAGCAGGUGAAAAAGAUGAAAAUAGAAUAGAUAAAUGAAUUAAUAAAUUGAAUUAAUAAAGAGCAUUCCUUCUACGUUUGAUCAUAGUAUUUAUAUUCCUACACUCUAUUUUGGUGUUUUAGAGCCCUGAUAUCUACAUGCACUGUUUACUUCCUCGAAUCUCCUACAGUGAGCCAAAAAGCAUUUGAUCUAUGUCAUUGCUUCCAAAAAAACAAUUCAUUGAACAACAUAAGUUGUGAACAAGACACUUGUGGUGAAAUGACUAAUAAUAUUAUUUGUUGUUGUAUUUCAAGGUCCAUCCAUAUCUGGAAGGAUUGAGCGAGCUGGCCCAAGCACAAGUUUUGUUACAGGUGAAUAAGAGAUUACUAAUAAUGUAUGUGAGAAUCACAACAGCCCCCUAACUUUGUCUUCUAUCUAUUAAUUCUUCAAGGUUCACAGCAGGGAAGUAUCUCCUCCUCCUUUUGGUACCUCUUAUAGAGCUUAAAAUGAAUUUCUUCCAUGCUGACAAAGCAAAAUUCUGGUACCUUUUAGGGAUACGUUGGAAUUUUUUAUUUGACUAGCACCUCAGUUGUUUAAUAGGGUAGUUUUUCUCCCCCCCCAUCCCUCCACCAAGCCCUGAUGACACUAGCAACCAACUUUACAGGGCCGUCACUAAGGGCCUGCUACUUGAACUGCAACUGCUUACCAGAUGCCUUUCAGAAUCAACUCAGUAUGCAGCAGAAAUCCUGCAUAACUAGUAAGUUUAAAACAUAAAUUGCGACCAGACAUUAUUUAGUGAAUUAAAAUGUCAGUAUCACCCACUUAAGUAAGUUAAUUGAGUAAAAGCUAAGUUGAUGUAAGCUUUCAGUCCCAAGACAAGCUGCUCAGUGCUUUUUGUUAUUGAAACUUUAUUAUUCAAACCCAGAAACUAAAAUUUGAGUAGUAAAAAAACUGACAGAUUGAUGAACAUCCCCAACUACUUUUGAAUAACUGUUGUUUUAAAUGUCUCACUUCAAUUUUUAUUCUCUUUCGUUUAACUCACAGACCUGUCAGCAGGGAAACAGCCCUCUAGCUCUAUGGCCACUAAGGAGGAGUUACCAGGUACUAUUAUAUCCAAUAAAUCAGAAAUGGUACCAGACAUACAGUAGAUUAGAAACGCUUACUUUAAUAUGAAAAUGACUUUUAUCGUUUGUUAGAUUGCAAUACAAAAUGAUCUUUAUUGUCACAGUUGUUUAUAUUUAUUUCAGAAAUAAGUAGCAAAGAAGAAGUAUGAUGUGAUACUUCAAGCAUCAAAUUCUUUUUCUCAUUCAAUUUUUCUGUUAGAAUUUUGCUAAAAUGUUUUUAACCUGCGUUAAUCCUCGAGGCCAGUUAUAAAAAAUAAAAAUUAUUUUUAGCACUCAACUACAAACGUCACUAACGGUUUUGGAGAGGUAGCCCUCUAUUGGUGUCUCCUCCCUGAACCUCUCUUUGUGGGGUAACGCCCCUUUACACUUGCUUUACUGAUGCAGUCUUCAACAACAUUUACAUAUAAAUGUUACUCGGCCAAGGCUGCCCAUCCUGCUAUAUUCAUAAUUUGUAAUUGUAGUAAUUAACGAUUCUUUAUCUAGCUCACGGUGAAAUUACAUUUUUAACUUUUUUAUAACUGAAAUUUGUGCUAGGUUAUAACUUUAUAAUAUAAGAGAAAUAAUAAGUGCGAGCUGGGAAGCAAAAUAAGCUGUUAGAUUUUCUAGUUAGCUCCCCGUCCAAUUAAAGUCAGUGUGUAAGCAGGUGAAAAAGAAGAAAAUAGAAUAGAUAAAUGAAUUAAUAAAUUAAAAUAAAUUAAUAAAUUAAAUUAAUAAAGUGCGUUCCUUCUACGUUUGACCAUAGUGUUUAUAUUGCUACACUAUAUUCUGGUGUUUUAGAGCCCUGAUAUAUACAUACACUGUUACUUGCAUUUCUGUUGGUGUAUAAUGAGUUGAGGAUAAUUUGUUUUUAAAUAUGGAAAUUUUAUUGAUAUUUGGUGAUCUGAUCAGUUUAUAUAAAUGAGGGCCUAUAUUUUUGUGCAUCAACUACCUUCCUUUAACUUUCCUCGCCUAUUAAGAUAUCAAGUCGUUAAUGAACAAUUCUUUAAAAAAAAAGGAACGUAAAAUUUUCUUUAACAGAUUCUCUCUGGCUCGAGGAGUUCCAGAAACAGCUGCGAUCAAUUUAUGAAGACAACAGCACAGUCAAAAUCGUUCCGUGGGACCAAAGCUCUGCCGUUCACAUUGACAAAGUUUACACCCAGUUGUCUUGGCUUAUGGAUUUGAAGGAUCCCAGCGGAGUAACACAGAAGGAGCUUGAACACUACACCGACAUUUUUGACGGCGGAAGACUUCAUCGUUUGCCUAAGCGUAUUUUGGUUCACGGACGACCAGGUAUCGGCAAGACCGUUUUUACGCAGAAAGCUACAUUCGACUGGUCCCAGCACAGAUUUGAAGGAAAGUUAGGAAGAUUUGAUCUCGUACUUUUGGUCAAAUUACGCGAUGUUUGUAACCUCAACGAUGUCCCAGCCAUUCUGAGGGAUGCUAAUCUUCUUGCGAGUGAUGGCCCAAUUUCCACUGACAACCUGUACGAUUACGUUCGUCACCACCAAGAAAAAGUGUUGCUUAUUUUGGACGGCUACGAUGAAUAUGUACACAGCGCAGCAAGCCAAUCACCUGUUCUUCAAAUCUGGGAGAAAACGCAGUUGAGAAAUUGUUGUGUUAUUAUAACGUCUAGAGACAUGAAAGGAGAGGGAUUAAAAAGUUCCAGCGAUGCUCAAUUUGAGAUCGACGGUUUUGACCGUGAGCGACAAGAAGAGUUUGCCCGUAGAUUCUUGAAAGAUGAUGAAGAUAUUGAAGAGUUUUUUGAAUACUUGGAGCAAAAAGACCUGGAAGAUGUAGCAAAAAUACCUAUUUUGCUUUUAAUGUUGUUGUUGGUUUGGAAAGAAAAGGAUCGUGAAGGACUACCUUCAUCACGGGUGAUGGUGUACUUCAAGUUUCUACAGACUAUGUUUAAUCAUAUGUCUGAAAAACAAAAAACAGAGGCGGAAGAAGUUGAGAACCACAUUCAAGAACUCUGUAAAGUAGGAGAACUAGCAUUUGACGCACUUCUACAAGGUUUACUUUACUUUCCUGUCAGUAAACUGCCGGAUUACAUUUUGACUGACAAAUUGAUCGAGGCCGGGUUGUUUCAGCUGCUAAACGUGUCCGCUCUUAACCCCAGCAAAGACGUUCACUUCAUUCACAAAUCCAUGCAGGAGUUUGUGGCUUCUUUAUUUCUAAAAGAAGAACUGUUAUCUCAAGAAAGUAAAAACACUUCUCUUUUCAAAGUCGACUCAAUUGAAAAGAUCUUCAAAUUGAAUGAAGUUUUUAAAUUUGUUGCUGAAAUGUCAGAAGAAGCCGCGCACGAGAUCUUGAUUCAUCUGUUGGAAAUGGCGGCGAAGGAAGAAGGAGAGUACAACUUCGACAAAGAAACACCGUCAGUCGAAGAUUUGUCUGAUGAACAAGAAAAUCUUUUAUUUCUAUGUACACAGUUAUUCUUCUGCUGCUCAGCAGACACGAGAACAGAACUUUUCCCCACUUUUCUUUCUAAUCUAGGAGGUGUUUUGUUCAUUUUAAAUCCUGACCAGCUGAAUAUUGCAGCGAAGGAAAAUUUUGUUAAAACUACCGCUUCACUUAUGUACAUAUUUUUCUCUUAUAGCGAGCAGUAUAGAGAGCAAAGUUAUAAUCAUUUAUUAACUUUAGUACAGCAAUUAAACGCUGUUAUAGUUAGUAGAACAGGAGAACAGAAAGCAUCAGAAUUUUUGAGUGUAUUUCCAUGGCGUAGUGUUGACGAAUUUUUUUUAAUGAAAGAAGAUAACAACACUCACCUUUAUUUUACUAAAAUUGUAAAAAAUGAAGAUGAUGGCAUUCCUCUUCCUUUUAAAAUGGUAAAGACGUUAGUUAGUUUAGAAGAGACAACAAAGAAGACAAACAUGAAUGGUGAUGAGUCAAGUGAAGAGAGCAGCAGCAGUUGUUGUUCAAAGCGUCAUGGUCUCUCCAGGGUUCGGAUGAUUGAUGCUGAGGAUGUGAACAGGUCAGAAGUGGAACAGCUGAUUGAGAUGAUGCCGUUUAUCACCGCUCCACACGAGAUAUGGGUUUGGGGUAAAGACGGUGAAGUGUUUGAUGCUGAGAUAACAGAGUCUCUACUGAGGAGCAUCCCAACAACACACAAACUGGAGAUAUUAUCACUCUGUGAUAUCAAUGUAACAUCAUCACCUGCUGUGGAGUUCAUCAGCAGAAUAUUCAAAGAAGAUCUUCCAAACUUGGAGUUGCUCAGCAUGUCAUACAAUCCUCUUCUGGGUGAAGGAGUCGACAGCUUGAUAAAACAUCUCAGCUGCGCUCCUCACCUGGAGACACUGAACCUUACAGAUGUGAAGAUGACUCCACAGCAGGUGAUGGAUCUCACAUCAGCUGUACAGCAGCACGGAAACAUCACUAAACUGGGGUCAGAAUACCACGUAAGUUUUCCAAUUUUAUCGCAAUUUGUUUCUUUAUUCUUAAUUUGUUUACAGUUUAUUUCUACUCAGCUCUUGCCUUUCGCCAUUUUCCUUUCUUUGUCAUUUUUAUACUCGACAAAACACGAGAUUUGCUUUUGAAAUCAAAUCGCAAACUUUAGCAGAUUCAAAGUAUCAUUUCAAAUUCAUUUCUUUCAACUGAUUAAACUAACUCCAUAAAAUGUUUUAACUGAGAACGUUAAGAACAAGUAACUUCAGCUGAUAUUAAAACAUGGAGUUGAACACAAGAAGAGAAAUUUCGUAUCUUCAAGCAGCCAUAAGAUGAUAUUAUUGGAUGAAAACAAGAACUUUCAGCAAAACAAAAGCACAUAAUUUCCACAGUAUUAAUUUCUGAAUCAAUUUUAAUUCAUACCUUUUCAUAAAGUAGCAAACAACAAUCAUAAAAGCAAAUGAAAGAUGUUCAGUUCAUGUUCAAUUCAAACAAAUGAGCAAAGAGUAAACACAUUGAACUCACAGUUUCACAUUUAUCGUCCAAGGCUCCUAUAAAAUCAGUUUAAGUCAAGUGAAGUUCUUUUGAACGUCCAGAAAACAGACAAGUCUUAUUUUAUAGCUGUUCUUUAGUUAGUUCUUGAGCGUUUCUUUGGUAAAUACUGGUCCUUGCAGUUCGGGGAAGCGUUGGUUUUUGAAAUAACAACCCGCACAAAAAAAUUGCAUCUUCGAGACAACGGUUCAAAGAAACUCCAAAAAAAUUUUCCUUACAGGUAAACACCUCGCUGUUCUCCACAGUAUAACACAAGUGUCCAUUGCAUGAUUUUCAUCGCGUAAAUAGCAUGAGCUUGUUUUCAAUUUUCCAAGAACACUCGCCAUACAAAUCAAAUCCUGCGGAGCUUUGGGCUUUCGUGAAAUAUCCUAAUAAAUGAUGUUUCCUUGAGCUUCGAACAACUCCUUAGCAUAUUCCUGAGUAAAAAGAGAUGAAUCCCUGUCUUGUGUAACAUUUCCCUGACGUUUUCUUAUUAAAUUUUGAGUUCAUCCUGAACAGUUUGCCGUUGAAGAGCGAACUGAACAAACUACAAAAACAACAAACGAUGUCAUUCAAAGCCUAGUGACGUGGCGGCAGCUGAUUGGUUAAAUCUACCUCGAAUGAUUUUUCACGUGAUGACGUUUUCCCGCCUUUCGUUUUAUUACGUAACAAAUUCCCGCCCGCAAAAAAAUACACUGUGAUCUGCGAAUUUUGUAUUUCUGAAUAUAUUUUCAAAAGAAAAGAAAAAGGAAGUGCUAAUUUUGGUUUUGAUUCUACUAUUUUGAAUGCGAAUUUCUUGUACGUGCGCCUUGAUAAUGAUAAUGUUUCUCUUUUCAAUCCCGCCGAGAGGGGAGGGGUACAGCGGGGGUAAUUCUCCCUCCUUCCUAAACUUGGUUUAAAAAUUGGCGACGGGUAACACUCGUUUCUUAAAGUUAGUCGUAAAGGAAGUUUUUUUUACCUUCAGCGCUUCGCCUCUACACCAACCUACCACACAAAGAAGGCGUAACCACGGUGUGUCUAGUGCAGUUCUGGCCCCUCUCUCUUUCUCUAUGUCACGCCACGCCGGAGAGAGAGGGUUCUCCCCCACAUCCCUUAUCAUCACGCAAGAGAAGUCAACAUCUUCGCUAGGAAAAAUUUCUCUCAGCAAAUAACUGUAAAGACGCUUAAACAUAGUUUGUCAGUUGUUUUUAAAACAUUAACCUUUUGCUCGUAUAAUUUUUGACAAGGUGCCGGGUUCGAAUCCUGCUCAGUACCCUUUCUUUUUUCCUUCGGUCUUUCUCUUUUUUGUUUCGUUUUCGUUUUUGUUUUGUUUGCUUAUUUGUUUCGUUGUUGUUGUUUGUUAAAUAUAUACCUUCUAGAGCAAAGAUAGUAUAUUUAUGUAUAAACAAUGUGAAUUUCUAUCGUUUCCUACAAUUUUCACUCCUUUUUUAUUGCAAUAUAUUCUACAAAACUAAAAAAGCAGCCACAUGCAGUGAGAAACUGCCUUUUAUUAUAAAGGUCAAGUUUUGACUGUUGAUCUUUGUAUUCGGCACGCAAGGCUUGUUUUGAACUAGGUACCUCUUGUCAAAGUUGUUUUCAUAUAAACAAUUGUCUUUCGUUGGUCAGUGUAAUCGCAUGGGACUUAAAAUGAAGGUUGUGAAAUGUGUACACGUCCACACUUUAUUAAAGGGAGAUGGCUGGUUAUAAAUAUUGUUUUGUAUUUUGUUGAAGGAUUAUGACGGAAACCCCAAACCUGAACAUGAAUGGCCAUUGGAGGACGACAGGAAGACUGGCUACCCUGACCUCUCUUCUGAUUCAUCACCUGAAUCAGCGCAUGAGCAGGAGCAGGUUAGUCAUCACUCACCUAUUUUUGUGAAAGUUUAUUUAUUAACUGACUAUUAGUAAGACUUUCAGUGUUUAUGUGAACAGUUCUAUUUUUCUGUCCGUCAGAGAUAAUCAAAAUACGCUCAGGAGCCUUCAUUUAUAAGUCUCCAUUACGGAGGAUUUCCGAGUUGGUGAUACUGAGUUAGUUUUUAAUACAGUAAAAACCCGCGUGUAACUGGAAGUUAGUGGCUUAAUAACCUGCUGGAAUUAAUACCCAACAAUAUAAGAACCAGUUUGGCCAAACGAGAUCAAGCAGUUUCUUAUCUGUGGGUUACACUUCAAUUAAUAAGCUUUUUCAUCGUCUAAAAAAGAGAUUGAACAGGAACUGGUUAGUCACCAGCUUCGUUUGUUUAAGUUUAUGCAUCAGUAAUUUGAAACUCCGGCCCCCGACCUCCUGGACUUAGCGGGGAAUUUAACCUUGGUUUGGUGUUAAAACACCGCUAAUUUCCCCGCUCCCCGGGCCAAGUAGUUUGUUAAAAGCCCCGUAUAGCCGGGAAUUAGUAAAGUGUAGUUCUAGGCUCGAUUUUAACCGCUCUGUCCGAUCUGGUAUUCUGUAUUUCUUAAAAUUCACACCAUCGGACCUGUUAAUAGAAACUCUCGAUUGCGUUCCUUCAAAUUCAUGAAUAAUGUUACCCUGGGUGCCAGAGGAUUUUUUUUCUUACCUAAUUCCUGAUAUCCACUGUAGAAAAAUGUGAUUAGAUUGCUUACAAAAAUGUAAGUUCUGUCUCUAUCUUUUCCUAUCGUUUGAAUCAGAGGAUGAUCAAGAACAGGUUGGUUGCUGAUAUUUUUUAUAAACGUUUUGUUUGAGGGACUGUGCAAUAAUUAUCAGGAGGAGGAGGUUGUAAAAAGGAAGGGGCGUUGUCCAUUGCUUAUUCUUCAUUCACACCAACUAAACAUGUUUAAUUAAACUAGAUUUUGAAACUGAAUGAAAAACAGCAAGAGUGAACUAGAACACAGACUUUUAAACCGUGUUUAACUAAACACGGCAGAUACCAUCUCUAAAAUGUCUGAAAACGGCAGGCGGAAAUCACGAAACGUAAAAAUGAUUGUUCAUGUAAAUUUUAACGACGUGACGGCACACAGGAGUUAAACUUGAAAAAGUUGGCCCUGUUUUCAGGUUGCAAUGCAUUUCCAUCCUGGCCGGCAUUGAAAGCCAAAGACACAGACAGUACGUAAAGUCGUUUUAAAUAGAACUGAAGCAUUAUUUCAGGGUUUUCUUUCCUUCCAAUGUGUGUUUUCCCUGCCAGCAGAGGUCUCUUUUCCCUGGUAUUCAGCAGGCGAGAGGAAAAGAGCCCUCUGUUAGCAGGGAAAUGGGUGUUUAGGGUUUUAAAAUAAUUCCAAACUAUCGUGACGUUGCAUGCUCUUUAAUAGCGGUACAAAGAUGAUGAACCUUUCGUUUUUUCACUUUGUAGGAGAUAGGAAACCAGACUGCCGAGUCCCAAGUCUUGUCCACUGAUGAGGUAAAGCUUUCCUACGACAUUGUUUUUAAACCAGCAGCGUUUAAGAUAGAUCCUCGCUGAAAAUAGAAUUUGUUAAUUGGGCUUCUACUUGCGCGAGGCUUUACGGCAUCUCCGUUUGUUAAUUGAUGUUGAUGACUUUCUGACGUGUUUUUUAAAAACUAAAUGCGAGGUGUCGUUUUCUGAUUUGUGACAUGACUUGCGAGGGAAAGCCUUCGUGGAAAAUUGUUGUAAAAGAUAGAUAAUUAGGCCUCAACCCCUAUCUUGAAAUUUGAUUUCGAAGUUUUGUGCCGUUGAAUGUCGUUUCAUGAUUUAUUUUGAGGCGGGACGAGAAAGGGAACCUCAAACUUGAAGAUGUAGGAUCGUCUGCUGGAUCCGUCGACCCUCAAGAACAGUUGAGACAUCAUAUUUUGGAGAAAUAAAAAAAGAUCUAUUCUUUGAAGCAUUUCACCACUAUAAUGUUAAAAGGAUUUUAAAAAAUUAUACGAAAUGGAUGGUAAAUAGUUUGACUGUGUGGUUUGUGGCAGGAAGAGGAAGGAAUCGCCGAAUCUGCAGAUGAAACGUCAUUACCAACAUCAGAGGAAAAUCAGCAGCGGGUGAGAUAAAAGAUUUUGUUUAAGAGAAAAUGUGACGUUUCCAGUAAAGGAUUUUACAGUGGAACCUCGAUUAAACGAACCUCUAUAAUAACGAAGUCCUCGGUAUAACGAAGGAUUUUGUUCAGCUCGGCCAAAAUUACACUGAGUAAAGUGUAGGGAACAGAACCUUUUAACGAAAUCCUCGUUAUAACGAACACAAUUGGAGAAGCCCAAAUGCAGAAUAUACCUCGGUGUAACGAAUAAAUGUCAGCGUGUGAUAAAAGAUGAAAGCCAAACAGAACAAAAAGGAUAAAAUUUAUGUGUACAGUAGUUUUAAGGAGUUCUAUUUGCCUGUUCUUGAGUUUCUAGUGCCGUAGCUAUGUAUAACUCGGUACUGAAAUGUUAUUACAGUAAUUUUUCAGAUCCGGAAAUGCUGGGUUUUGUAAAUUAAAUUAUUAACUAUACCUCGAUAUGGCGAACAUUUUCGUAGUUUUCCAUAAAAUUCGUUAAAUGGAGGUGUUCGAUAUAAAACGAACCCUCGAUAUAACGAACAAAUUUCCCCAGUCCCUUGGCACUUCGUUAAAUCGAGGUUCUACUGUGCUAUAAGUGAAAUCAUAAAACUAGUGACUUUUUGGCUGUUUCAAGGCAAGCCUGAGAAAACAGCCGACAUUUGGCGACGCUACCACUGGUUUCCCCGCCAAAUGACGUCUGAGAAACGAGCGCAGAAAUUCCAUACUGAUGACGCGUUACUACCCAGAUCUGGGUAGUGACACGUCAUCAGUAUGGAAUUUCUGCGCUCGUUUCUGAGAUGUUAUUUGGCGGGGAAACCAGUGGUAGCGUCACCAAAUGUCGGCUGUUUUCUCAGGCUAUUUCGAGGCCAUUCUCAAGUUACAGUCAAGCCAGGUCAAGCGUACCCCCAUAGAUAUCAUAAAUGAAUCGAUUCUUUGAAAAAUGAAUCCGUUAGUCGUUGCUGCAACCAGUAUCAAAUUCAAAUCUCCAUUCCUGCAUGCCUCAUGAGCAAAUGAUUUCUACGAUAACUUCUCUGUGUUCGGUAAGAUUGAAAAAUCUUUGAAUGGAUAAAAUUGCUUUGAAGACAUUUACAUUAAAAAACUGAGCUGGUAGAAAUUUUGAUACUGGUACCUCGCGUGUGAAUUCACUGGUCCACAUUACUCGUGCAGGAAGGCAGAGAUGAAUCUGAAAUCCACAACUACUCGCAGAUUCAACUUUCGAAUAAUAAACUCAUUAACCUAACCUUAAGGGGUAAGCUUGUAAAUGCAGUAAAACCUCUCUUGACCUCAAUUAACUGGAUGGACGCAUCAUCCAGUCUCAUUGGGUAGCGUAAUAAAGGUACGCGGUGUCAGGUUCAUUUUCUGCGAAGUGUUUAGGCCAUCGAAACCAAUUAAAACUCUUGAGAGAUUAUAGGAAGACCCACUGCACAAAGACUGGUCACGUUUCCAGCCAAAAACGAAAUAUCUACCAGUUUUUGAUGGGAAAAUGCCCCUAACAAAACAAGCAAAAAAUAAGGAGAGAUGGUUGUAUUGUCGUCCACCUGCUCCCGCAAACAUCUGAUUUCUUUCGCCUUUAUGAUAUUAAAAUCGCGCAGGAAAGUCCAGAUUUGGAUGUGUUCUCCGGUCUGCCGUCAAACGGGAUAAUUGCCUUAAUUUGAGAAUCGUUCAAGACAAUGAUUUACUUUUUACCAUUACAUCUUAACGAACUCGGUGCAUUUUCUCGAAUAAGCACUACUCUUUCAAUCAGUGAAGAGGUUAUGUCGUUUAUAUCAAAAGCAGCGAUUAUUCGGAAAAUGUUACAGCAAAAAAGUGUAGCGUCUCAAUUUCAGCAGCACGCCCAAAUUAUCGGAGAUCGAAUUCACUUAGCCGUGUUUAACUCCACGCAGAUUUAGAUAUUUGUUUUAUUACUUGAAGUGCAUAAUCUUGGCCAAGCGCUUGAACGAUUUUUUUCUUAAUUUAGCGAAUUUAAUGUACUUCUAAAUUUUAUGCGGCUUUUUAAUUCUGUCUUGUCCCUGACCUUUCACUGAGUCACGGAUUCGGUGAAAUUCAAACAAUGGCAUGAAGUGUGGAAUGAGCGUAAACGUUUUUAUAUUUCAGGAUGACGAAGAGUACACCAGACCUUCAGGGGAAGGCCGUCAGAAUCCCACAGGAGAAGAGAGACUGUCCCGCGCCCCAUCUUCUAAAACUGCGCGCAAAACAGCAUCUCGAACUUGCGUCAUCAUUUAACUUUGAACAUGCUUCCCAUGGCCCCGUGCAGGCCU